AUGCGGCUUCUAAACCCACGGGAUCUCACAUUUGAAGAGUUCCCGCUCAGCGAAAAAGUGGACUAUGCUAUCUUCUCUCACACCUGGUACUCGAAACCCCGCAAGGAAGUCCUGUACCGUGAAAUCAAGAACAAGUUUUCCGGAAGGGUAGUCGUCGGUCGAGAUGGCUUAGUGAAGCCUGGCAUGAGUGAUAUCCCUUUUGAGCUCAAGAAGGUGGUGUAUUGUUGUAUGCAAGCAAUAAGAGAUAAAGUACAAUGGGUCUGGAUUGAUACCUGCUGUCUUAAUAAAGACUCGACAGCGGAAGUCAGCGAGGCGAUCAAUGCCAUGUUUUCUUGGUAUCGGAAUGCCAAACAUUGUUAUGUUUAUCUUUCUGACGUCUGCCUAUCGACUUUCCGCCAGUCAUUCAGGAAGAGCAAGUGGUUUAAACGCGGGUGGACUUUGCAAGAAUUAGUCGCGCCUCACAACGUCUAUUUUUACGACCAUGAUUGGUACGAGCUCGGCUCGAAGAUGACGCUCAAUCGCCUGAUCUCCGCUACUACGAGGAUUGACGCGGAGACGCUGAUGUGCCAGCGAAGCCUGGCGGAAUCAAGUAUCGCGAGACGGAUGUCCUGGGCAUCGGACAGGAAGACAACUAAACCAGAAGAUAUAGCCUAUUGCCUCCUCGGGGUUUUCGGUGUCAAUAUGCCAUUGCUGUAUGGCGAGGGCGGCGAGAAGGCGUUUAUCAGGCUACAGGAGGAGAUCAUGAGAAGGUCAGAGGACCAUACAAUAUUUGCAUGGACGAGCCAAUGCGAACACCGUGGGAACAACCAAAACUGUAAUCGGAACCAAAUCUGUGAAGAGCAGGGCCAAAAGCCUCGUGGACCCCUCGCCCGAAGCCCAUCGGAAUUCGCAGACUCCGCAGACUUUGAGCCGAUUCUUGUUUCAAACGAUAUGGGCCCACCGUAUAUCAUGACGAAUCGGGGCCUGCGGAUCUGCCUUCCUCUAGUUCCAGAUGAGAAUACCUUUAUAGCCAGGCUCAACUGCCGAGAGAAGGAGGGCCUACAUGUAGCUAUCAGGCUUCGGGAGUUAACCUUUGAGCCAGGAAAGUAUUAUCGAAUCGACUCAAACGGGCUAUUGGGUGUGGAUGGUGGUCCAGCAGAGGGACAGGAAAUCUACCUGACGCAAGACCAUGCAACCAACAACAACCACUUUUGCCUCAAUACGAAUCUAACCGAUGAGGGCUUCCAUUUUGCUUUGAAGCCCGAGGGGAGGUGGAAAGAGGAGCUGAACCUUCUUAAGUUGCCCGUCGGCACAGAACACCAGACGAGGGUCUCACUACUGAUCGCCAGCGAGCAGUCCAAAUCUAGAGACGGUUUGCAUUCUGUUUAG